AUGACGGUAGAAGAUUGGGAAAAACGAUGGAAGCUUGAACAAACAGGCUUUCAUAUGGAUCAAGUCCAUCCAAUGUUGGUGAAAUAUUAUUCCAAAUUAACCCGAGAUAAACCGAAGUUGAGAUUUUAUUUACCUCUGUGUGGAAAAUCCGUCGAUUUAAAAUGGUUAUCUGAUAACGGACAUGACGUAGUCGGAUGUGACGGGUCAGAUAUCGGCUGUCAAGAUUUCUUUAAAGAGAAUUCUCUCCCUUACACUAGUGAAGCUUUACCAGAAAGCACUGGCGGCGGAGUUUUAUAUCAGAAUAAAGAGAAGAAUAUCAAACUAUACCGAUGUGAUUUUUUCAAACUUUCACCAGAGAUUAUUGGACAGUUUGAUUGUAUCUGGGACAGGGGAUCGUUUGUAGCUAUCCCAGUCACAGAACGAGGCAGAUAUGCUGAGUUAAUAUUACAGUCAUUAAAACCCACUGGUCGCUAUCUGCUGGACACAUUUCAACUUCCCCAUCAAAACUAUCAAGGCCCGCCAUUUAAUACAGAGGAAGACGAAGUCAACAAGUAUUUCGGUCAGAAAUGUACGAUAGAGAAGCUGGCAGUGAACAAUGUUUUUAAUCAGAAACAUCUAGAACAGUGGAAGGUGGAAUAUUUUAAUGAAAUUGUUUACUUACUAACUUCCAAAUAA